GAAAGUUUUCAAAUCGAAGGAGGGAAAGAGAGGCAGGCAAGUGAUAAAGACUGAGAAAGGAAGGGAGGAAGGGAUGAAGGGAGAAGUGGUAAUGAGAGAGAGAGAGAGAGAGAGAGAGAGAGAGGGAGGGAGAGAGAGAAGUGUUGUUUCUGGGUCUGGUUGAGUUGCCAGGUGGCCGCCGCUAUGAACAAAGCACACCGGAUGUGAUGAAAGCUUGUGACUCAAUGUCUUAUUUAUUUACUUUUGGUGUUGAAACGGCGUGCCUGUAACGGCUGCAGCCUGCCACCUAGCUGAGCAUUUUUCAACUUUCCUAUAUAAUUAGUGAAGUUCAAAGUCGAAUUGUGUUGUUGUUUUUUUUGGCAGUGGCUGAGUGAGGACAAGUGGCAACACGGGAGUGGCUCAGCGUGUCACGUCUCGUCUCAGUCACGUAUCACACAUCCUGGGCGUUGCGUGGGGUGUUGUGGCAGGGGAGGAAGAAUGAUGGUGAAAAUAGGCGCACGGACAAACCCUCUGUCUCAGACUCUGAUAAUCCUGAAGCUGAUCCAGAUGACCCCCUGGCACAACCAUCAUCCUCUAUUGAAAUGAGCGAUGUAGGUGAAGAAGCUCCAUCAUCCACUCCUGGGUCUAGUGGUAUUUCUGGUAGGACUGAAGAAGGCGCAGUUGAGUUCAAGGAAUCUGUCAGAGAGGUUGAAGCUGAUACUCAUCUAAUUGAGGAUUCGGAUGAAUCAGAAACAGAUGACAGUCAGCCACCAGCUAUUGAGAAGUCAACCUCUCGUAAGCGUGUGUCAAACCCUAGUUCAUCCAAAAAGUCAACACCUCCGGAAAAGAGGAUAAGGAAAUAUGCUAUGAAGUGGUCAGAAGAUCCUACGCUUGCAUGUUUCUCCAGGUAUGAAGGAGAUAGAGAAGAAAUGAAAAGAAAAGCAUUUUGUAAUAUUUGCGCUAAAUUAAUUGAGGGGACAGUUUCUCAUAUGCAUAGGCAUUUGAAAACUAAAUAUCAUACAAACAGAGCAAAGUCUGUGAAAUCCCCUUUUGUACCAUCUCUAUUUGAAAAGAAAAAUCUACCUGCAAGGGAUGCAGAAAAACUUAGACUAAUGUUACUCAAAUUUCUUUGUAAACACAAUAUUUCUUUUAAUGUCAUGGACCAUCUAAUGAAAGUUUUGAAACAUGGAACCACUGAUUCUCAAAUUAUAAAAUCUGUAAGGUGUGGAAGACAAACUUCAAGAGAAAUAGUAGUGAAAUGUAUAGGCAAUGAAAGCUUGAAGGAAAUUGUAGCAUGCUUAAAGACACACAAAUAUUCCAUAAUUGUAGAUGAGAGCACUGAUGUAUCCACUACCAAGCAGUUAGCCAUUGUUGUCAGAGUAGUGAACACUCAGCAGUGUACAGUUGAAGACAAAUUUUUACAAUUGCUAGAUGUAGAAGAUUCCAGUGCUGAAGGACUGUUUCACCUAUUGAGUACUUUUUUUGAUGAAAAUGGCAUUCCAUUUAAAAAUAUGCUUGAAUUUGCUGCUGACAAUGCGUCAGUCAUGAUGGGGAGUAUGGGUGGUUUAAAGGCAAAAUUGCUGGAUAGAGUCCCUCAUUUGUUUGUAAUUGGAUGUAUUUGCCAUUCAUUAAAUCUCUGUUCCUCUGCAGCCUGUCUUAAGCUUCCAAGUUCUGUAGAAACAUUGUGUAAAGAUAUACAUAACUUCAUUAAUCACAGCCCUAAGAGACUGUUGAAGUUUAAGGAAUUUCAACAAUUUGUUAGAGUUGAUGUACACAGACUUCUAAAUACUAGUCAAACAAGAUGGCUUUCCCUAGAAUCAGUUGUUAACAGAACACUAGAACAAUGGUCAGCACUAAUUCUUUUCUUUCAGUCAGAAGCCUUGGAAUCUCAAGUACAGUCUGCAGUGCAUAUACUGAAUGCCUUGAACAAUCCUCUGUUCAAAAUGUACUUUACUUUCCUUGGGUAUAUUCUGCCCAUUAUCAAUAAGAUGAACAGAGAAUUUCAAAGUUAAUCAGUCAUGAUACACACUGCAUAUUCUAACAUCUGUGCUUUUUAUAGGACUAUUCUGAGCAAUUAUAUAAAGAAAGACAUACUAAAAUCAAAGUCAGAUCCAUUUGAAGUGGAAUUUAAAGACUGUUCCAAUUUCCUGCCUAAAAAUGAAUGGUACUUUGGCAGCAAAGUAGAGAGUAUGCUGGCAGAUAAAAAUGUGUUAUGGGAACUUGGAUCUGAAGCUUCCAGAUUUCGGGUGAGAUGUCUGGAUUUUUAUGUAGAGCUAUCAAAGCAAAUCAGUAAAAGAUUCAAAGGUUUGAGUGAUGUACUCCCGUUGUUAAAUGCCUGUGACCCUGCCAUAGCAAGAGAAAAUAGAGUUACAAGUCUAGUGCCACUGUUCAAAAAAAUUCCUCAGCUGAUUAAAGAAUCAGAAUAUGAUGUUUGCAAUGAUGAAUGGCGGUCACUUACUUUUCAUGAAGAUGCUUUGAGUACAUCAAGUAACCCCACCGAGAUAUGGUGUUCAGUACUAAAACUUAAGACUAGUGAUGGAACACCUGUGUUUCCAAAUCUAGCUGAGUUAAUGGUAAAUUUGUUAGUUCUACCACAUUCAUCAGCUGCAGUGGAGAUAUUUUUUUCACAAGUAAAAUUAAUAAAGACAGACCUAAGAAAUAGACUGAACACAGAGUCAAUAAAUGCACUUUUGUUAAGUAAAGGUGACGGGGGAGCAGUUCCAUGCUAUGAAUGGGAGCCAAGUUCCUUGAUGAUAAGAUCUGCUCAGAAUGUGUUCAGUGAGGCUAAGCAAAGCAUAUAGGUAGCUUCAUAGGCAGAAAAAGAAAGUCUGCGUUUGUAGUUUUGUCUUUUUUUUUUAAUUAAGGUUAUCAGAUAUUCAUAUUUUGUACUCUGUGGUAUUAAUGUAGCCUAAGUUAGAGAAUAAGUUGUGGAGGCUAUCCAAAUACAGCCUGCCAUUGAAGGUAUUAAUAAAUCGGUGUUCAGUUGUAGUAGCCUACUGGCAUCAUUUAUUUAUUUUUUUCUAAUAAAGUGCACUUAUACAUAAAUAUAAUGUUUUGGAAGACCCAAUCAAAGGGUUUAUAUUAAUGCUCCAAAUGUGUAGUGAACAACAUUUCUCCACCACUAGGCAGCAGUAAGUAGCUUGGCUACCAACCGUAUGAUGUCUAUAACACCAUGGGAAGCAGCAGAGAGGCAAACAGCGUGAAGGAAGGCCAGCAAGACAGGAGGUAGGCAGCCUCAAGGAAGGCCAGCAAAACAGAGGCAGCAACCCUCAUCCAAGGUUACCUCAGGGCAAUACACGCCCCACAUCCCACCAUGGCAUCCAACCCACAUCACCAUGGGGAGGAACUUCUUGAGGCAAUUCAACACCAACUCACAGCGGAUCUAGUCACUGCUGUAGAGGAAGGAGACGAGGCAGGGGUGAGGUCAGCACUUGACAGGGGUGCCCGGCCCCAGGUCACCGUCCCCACUAAUGCUGGGGGGUCAUGCAGUCUGCUGACUCUGGCUGCCAGCGAGGGCCACGACCACCUGCUGUCUCACUUACUGCAGGCGGGGUUAAGCAUAGAAGGUGGAGGCACCACUGAAAGCACACCGCUGAUGAUGGCUGCCCAGAAUGGCCACUCCCAUAUAGUGAAGGCGCUGCUGGACCUCCGUGGUAAUCCUCUGGCCAUGGAUAGUGACGGAAGGACAGCCCUACACUUUGCUGCAAUGGAGGGCCACCAGCAGUGUGUGGCGGCCCUUUUGUGCGUCACCCCUCCCACUCCUGCGCACCUCGAGGUACACACCCCGGUGCACGCCGCCAGUUAUCGUGGCCACGUGGAGGUACUGAAGCAGCUGGCAGGUGCUGGCUGGGCCUUCACCGCCAGGGACAGUGAUGGCAACACACCCAUGCACUUUGCUGUGGCGGGGGGUAGCAUGACAUGUGUGCAAUGGCUGCUGCAGCGAGGGUGUGACACAAGAAUGCAAAAUAAUGCUGGACGCACCCCAUUUGACCAGGAGCUGGUCACUGCUGUAGAGGAAGGAGACAAGUCAAGGGUGAGGUCAGCACUUGACAGAGGUGCCCGGCCCGAGGUCACCGUCCCCACUAGUGAUGGGAUGUCAGGCAGUCUGCUAACUCUGGCUGCCAGCGAAGGCCACGAGCACCUGCUGCCUCACUUACUGCAGGCGGGGUUAAGCAUAGAAGGUGGAGGCACCACUGACAGGACACCGCUAAUGAUGGCUGCCCAGAAUGGCCACGCCCAUACAGUGAAGGCGCUGCUGGACCUCCGUGGUAACCCUCUGGCUAUGGACAGUGACGGAAGGACACCCCUACACUUUGCUGCAUGGCAGGGCCACCAGCAGUGUGUGGCGGCCCUCUUACCUGUCACCCCUCCCACUCCCGCACACCUCGAGGCGUGCACCCCGGUGCACGCCGCCAGUUAUCGUGGCCACGUGGAGAUACUGGAGCAGCUGGCAGGUGCUGGCUGGUCUCUCAUUGCCAGGGACAAAGAUGGCAACACACCGAUGCACCUUGCUGUGGCCGGGGGUAGCGUGACAUGUCUGCAAUGGCUGGUGCAGCGAGGGGGUGACACAAGCAUGCAAAAUAAUGCUGGACACACCCCACUUGACCAGGAGCUGGUCACUGCUGUAAGGGAAGGAGACGAGGCAGGGGUGAGGUCAGCACUUGACAGGGGUGCCCGGCCCGAGGUCACUGUCCCCACUUAUGAUGUGGGGUUAUGGAGUCUGCUGACUCUGGCCGCCAGGAAGGGCCACGAGCACCUGCUUUCUCACUUACUUCAGGCGGGAUUAAGCAUAGAAGAUGGAGGCACCAUUGACAGGACACCGCUGAUGAUGGCUGCCAACCAUGGCCAUGCCCAUACAGUGAAGGCGCUGCUGAACCUCUGUGGUAACCCUCUGGCCAUGGAUAGUAGAGGAUGGACAGCCCUACACUUUGCUGCAAUGGAGGGCCACCAGCAGUGUGUGGCGGCCCUCUUGCCCAUCACCCCUCCCACUCCCGCACACCUCGAGGCACACACCCCGGUGCACGCUGCCAGUCAUCGUGGCCACGUGGAGGUACUGGAGCAGCUGGCAGGUGCUGGCUGGCCCCUCACCGCCAGGGACAGUCAUGGCAACACACCCAUGCACCAUGCAGUGUUGGGGGGAUGUGCAGCAGCUGUGCAGUGGCUGGUGCAGAGAGGUUGUGACCCACACGUGCAAACGAAAGAUGGACUCACCCCGCAGGAGUUUGCCGUGCAGCUUGGCCGCCACGAUGUGGAGGCCUGGCUGGUUAAAAAUUGCAGCGGUGUUGUGAGGAGUAAGACUCUGCGUGUAGAGGAAGUGAGGGCGUGGCGGGACAUGCAUGAACACAACCACAACACAGUCUUGUCCAUACUGGUGAAGGGCAACAAGGCAGCCAUGGCCAUCAUCCCCGAGGAUUGUGAUAGUCACGCGCUGAGCCAGGAUGGCCUGACGCCUCUCCACGCCGCGGCGCUGUGCGGUGCUCCUAGUGAUGCUGUGGAGGCUUUGCUGCGACAUGGCGUGAGCCCUCAUGUGACCACCCCUGACAACAUGACCCCCGCUGACCUGGCACGGCAGCAAGGCCAAGACUCAGUGAUUAAGGGACUACAGCGCCACCACUGUGUACAGAGCGGCAAGCUUCCUGAAGAACUGCAUGAGGAGCUGCUCUCAACAGUCAGUCGCUGGGACGACGUGCAGGCGGUGUCCACCCUCCUGUGUAAGGGCGCGCCCAUAGAGCUCCUGGGCGGCCUUUCCAUCCUCAGACUGGCUGUCACCACCAACCGCAUACACACCGUCAGCCUGCUGCUGGCUAGCGGUGCACCGCUGCCUGCCAGCCUGCUGCAAGAGGCUUGGCAGAGCCCCGACGUGACUCACAGGGUGCUGGCCUUCCUCACCACCGCCUACUGCUGCCGGCUGCGUGCAGAGCAGCGUCGCCUGGAAAAGGUUAGCAGCGCCCUUGUCGAGGGCAUCGACAAUCUAUUGACAACCAUCGAGGGAAAUACUCCCUGGCAGGCAGCCUGGCCAUGGGGAAAGGAGACUGACCGGCCAGCACUGAGCGACCUCCUGGCAAAGGCAGCGGCUGCCAACUGCCCCGUGACUGCCGCCUUCCUGCAUAGGGCGGGAGGGUGGACAGUCUUUAAUGGAGCCUCUGGUGGCACUGCCCUCCACUCUGCCCUGGAGGCUGGCCACAAAGGCAUGUCCGAGCUGCUGAUCAGGGACCUUGGGGGCUGCCCGUACGUGCCGGACACACAUGGUCGCCUUCCAGUGCACAUGAUGCCUGACAAGGAGCAACAGACUCUGGAGCAGAAGCUCUUUAUGGCAGAGCGUGAAAAACUGAAGGAUAUGGAGCUUCGCUUGAAGGCAGAUCACGAGAAGACCGCAGCACGGACAGCGCUGUGUAUACAGGAGGAUCUUUUUGAGAGCCACAAGAAGGGCGAGGGUACGAAUGUCUCCUCACCUGAUGGCCACGCCACCCUGCUACUGGCCUCGCGCAAAGGUCUCCUGCAGCUGACUCAUCUUAUACUGCAAGAGGGUCACUUGCCCGUGGACGAGGUGCUGGACCACACCUGCAGCACCACCGCCCUCCACCAGGCGGCCUCGCACGGCCAGGACGGCUGCGUGGCGCUGCUGCUGAGCGCUGGCGCCAACCCACAGCAGCGUGACACGUAUGGCCAGACGCCCCUACACCUGGCCGCCAUGUUUGGCCACAAAAGUACUUUUGAACUCCUGGCACAUCAAGUGACGCAGGACCCUCCUUGCCGUGCGGGCACCACGGGCACACUGGUGAGAGAAAAUUUUAAAUUUUUUGAAAAUAUGUUUAAUAAGUGUGAGGAUAUAAAUCUAUUACACCCAAUCGACCGACGUGACCCCGAAAGUGUCAUAAGAAAUCUCGUGAGAUCCAUAGGCCUGCAAGAGCUGCAGGAGGAGGCUCAGCGGGUGGCUGUGGACCUAUCAAAGGGCGAGGCCCUUGAGGUAAAGGAGGCGGUCAUGGCAGAAAUAAGCAUAAUCAUAAAUAAGGUAUCAGCCGCUGAUGCCACGUACCGCGGCGACCUGAGGCUGGUGGGCAGUUCUCAGGACGGGUGUAAGCUUUACGCCCCUGACGAAUUUGAUAUAAACCUCGUGAUGCACAAGGAUGACGUAGGAAUAACUGUUAGCGAGAGAGGGAAGGAGGAAGCCACGCUGAAGGGCAGGUUACAGAUUUCUGUGAAGACUGACAAUCCCCACCUUGAGGGUAAUAUAUUUAUGGCCAGUUUGUACGAGGAGGUGCACCGUUGCCUCAUUGGCCACACCCUACAGGACAAAAGACUGAGCCUAGUGCCGCCGGGCCUGACCAGCACGCAAGUGGGCGUGGGACUCUCUCUGGCCUGGCAGGGGCGAGAGUAUCCACUGUUGCUGGUCGGCGUGGACCUGGUGCCAGUGCUUGAGGUGCCAUGGCUGGAGCAAGUUUUCAGACCGUUCCUCACUCCUGAGGACACCACCACCAUGCAGCUCAGUAAUGCUGCUGAGGGAACAUGGCGCUGCAGCUUUGCCUUGACAGAGGCUGAGGUGCUGGGGACGUUGACACCCGCAGAGCGCCAGGUGCAGCUGAUGGGAAAAGUACUUCUUUCCCGCCUCAAGCCCGAGCGCUGGAUGCCUCGGCACAAAAAGAGCUUUUUCAAAUGGUUCGCCACACGGGAGUGGAACAUCGCGGUGCCAAGCGGGUUCUGUUUCAAGAACGCCUUCCUGCGGUGGCUGGAGCACAGGUGGUCGAGGGAGGUAGAGCUUGGGGCUGGGCAGGAGCACGACCAUACCAAGGAGUUGGGGGCUGGACAGGAGGAGGGCCACACCAAUGAGUUGGGGGCUGGACAGGAGGGGGACCACGCCAAGGAGUUGGGGGCUGGACAGAAGGAGGACCAUGACAAGGAGUUGGGGGGUGAACAGAAGGGGGACCAUGCCAAGGGGUUGGAACUGGGGCGGGAGGGGGACCCCGCCAGAUGGCUGGUGGAGGUGUUCAGAUUGAUGUGUGCGAACCCAGAUGAGUCACGAGAGCACCUGACAACGCAAAAUAGCUCUGCCUACUUUGGAGGAGACUGUGAGGGGCGGAAGCCUGGGGACGGGGCGCCCAUCAUCGUGCAGUGCCUGGAGGAGGGUUUGGAAAAGUUGUGCUCUGGCUUGGCCUCUGCCAAGGCUCGGCCAGGCCACGGCGACGAAAGUAUUAGAUGUAGAAGAUGCAGACCCUUGUAAUCAUUAGCUGUGAGCUGCGCCACGCGUCGUAAGACCCACCCCCACCCACAUAUUCACACACACACACACACACACACACACACACACACACACACACACACACACA